GAUGGUAAUUUGGCAAGUGCCACCCCUGAGAUCGAAUUAAUCGCAGGCAGGAGGCGCAGCGGCGGCGGCGACAUCUGCAUCUGCAUCUCCGCCCCGUCCAUCCAUCCAUCCUGCAUCUGCUGCUCUGCUCAGCUCGCUGAUCCCUCGUCGAGGAGGCCAUGUCUCCCUCCGGCGAGGUGGUGGCCUCCAUCUCCUCCGCCCUCGCCGUCGCCCUCGUCCUCCUCGCCUGCGUCGAGCUCGGAGACGCCGCCGCCGCCGCCGGCGUCUACCGCCUCAUCCAGUACGACCUCGCAGGCGCCCCGCUCGGCUCCCGCGCCGCAGUCCUCAACCACCACGCCGCCGCGCUCCCGCUCCCGCCGGGCGCCGACCUCUCCCGCUCCGCGCUCGUCGCGCCGCUACUCGACCUCCCGCUCUCCUUCCUCAGAGAGUACCUGGCGGAGAAGAAACAUCUGGGAGGGUUGCUCAUUCUGCUCCCAACAAAGCUCAGCGACAAGGAUGGUGCAGGGAAUAAUAUUGACAAGGGGCAAGUAAAGAGUGUGCUGGCCGAGCUUGAGAAGUUGCUUGUGCAUGAAGAAGUUCCAUAUCCUGUAUACUUCGCUUUGCAUGACGACGACUUUGAUAACCUGCUGGCAGAUAUCCGUAAAAUUGCCUCUUCAGGUCAACCAGCCUCUGCAACAACAGGAGGCUAUAAACUUGUCGUGUCCUCAGCGGAACCUAGAAAAGUGUCAUCUCCGACCAUUUCUAAUAUCCAGGGAUGGCUACCUGGUUUGAAAGGAGAGGGUGACACAGAACAGCUUCCAACUAUUGCCAUAGUUGCAAACUAUGACACCUUCGGUUCUGCACCUGCACUUUCUGUGGGAAGCGACAGCAAUGGAAGUGGAGUUGUAGCUCUUCUAGAAAUUGCAAGACUCUUUUCACGUCUUUAUUCAAAUUCUAAGACCAGGGGCAAGUACAAUCUUCUUUUUGGGUUAACAUCUGGUGGGCCCUACAACUACAAUGGAACUAGCAAGUGGCUUAGAAGUUUCGAUCAGCGUGUACGUGAGAGCAUUGACUAUGCUAUCUGCUUGAACAGUGUUGGUUCCUGGAGCAAUGACCUCUGGAUGCAUGUAUCAAAGCCUCCUGAAAAUCCCUAUAUCAAACAAAUCUUCGAAGAUUUUUCGGAUGUUUCUAAAGAAAUGGGUGUUUCAGUCAGAAUCAAGCACAAGAAGAUUAAUGUUUCAAAUCCUAGAGUAGCAUGGGAACACGAGCAGUUCUCUAGGUUUAGAGUGACUGCACUUACUCUUUCAGAAAUGUCUAGCGCCCCUGAAUUUUUGGAAAGCACUGGUGGUCUUCAUGACACUAGAGAAUCUACAGAUGUCGAUUCAGUAAUCCGAACUGUCAGAUUAGUUUCCGAGAGUCUUGCGAGACACAUCUAUGGAUUGAAAGGAAGGAACAUCGAUGUUUUUGCAGAGAACAGCAGCUUAGCCAUUAAUCCUCACUACAUCCAGUCCUGGUUGGAUCUUUUGUCACGGACACCACGGGUUGCACCUUUUCUGCAGAAAAAUGAUCCCUUCAUAGCAGCAUUGAAAAAGGAACUAUCCGAACACACUGCUGAUGUACAUGUUCAAAAUGAUGUCCUUGAUGGCAUGUUCACUUUCUAUGAUGCCACAAAAGCAACUCUAAACGUAUACCAGGUUGCAAGUGUUACUUUUGAUCUGCUGUUCCUUUUGGUGCUUGGUUCCUAUCUGAUCGUUCUCUUCUGCUUCCUAGUAAUCACUACACGGGGUGUUGAUGAUCUCAUUAACAUAUUCCGGCGGCCUCCAUCACGCAAACUCAAGGGAGCAUAGGCUAGGUUGUUUUUGUGUAUUAGUGCCUGAGAUGUAUGCCUAGUUAGAAGAGCUAGACAUCAGGAUGACAAGAGGCAAGCUAGCUUCCCACAGCACAUAGACAUGUAAUUGCAAAAUUUUACUGUUUUCCCCCCUCCAGCCAAUGUGAGUGGUUUCGAAUUCCACAGCACGAAAACAAUUCUUUCUUUUGUGCGAGGAAUUUUGAAUGUAAUUUAACUGUAUCCAUUUUGUUAUGAUGCUUACAAUUUUGGGUUAAUUAUCCCGGUGGGUGUCUCACGGACCGCAAAAGGCACCAGUUCUGAA